UUAUUUUUUUCAAACAGGUUACACUGGGGAAAAUGGACUACAGCCUAGCCGCUCUAAAGCUACUAUGUAUCCAAUUAAAGGCGGCGCGUGCCUCUCAAGACUCCUCCCCAUCAUCAAUUUCUCUCGGUUCUAUCCUCUUCCAACGCGCGUGGAUACAGGGCGUAAUAAUCUCGCUACCGUCUUCCUCCGCCGCCGGUGAUGGCCGUUUUCUUAUUGACGACGGAACCGGUGUCAUUGAGUUACUUCCGCUUGCAAAUUUCGUAGCUCAGGAUUGGAAAUUAGGUGCAUAUGUAAUGGCUGUUGGACGUUGCACCAUCCGUACAGAUAAUAUUCCCUUAAUUCAGAUUCACAAAAUUGUUGAUCUCUCUGCUUAUCACCAUCGAGAGGCGAUGUGGUAUCUGGAAGUUAUAGAGGCUUACAAACUCUUCUAUCAGCCUCCAAUUGAAUAUUCAUAGCCAUUGUUUUAUCCUUGAAUGGCCACUUUUGCCCGGCUAGUUUGGUAGUUGCACUUAGUGAUAUAACUCCACCUCCCAACAGGAUGGCAUUUAACAUCGCUUAUGAGGUCAUGGGUACUGAUGGCCAUCAUGUAAUUCGUUCUUAUCGAUCGUUGCUGGAAGAGCAUUGUCAGGUUUACUUUUGGUAAUAUUUGGAAUAUACAUCUAGCCAUCUAGGUGAAAUGUUGUUUGGGAAUAUUUCAUCUAAGUUGUUUUUUUUUUUGUUGUUGUUUGCUAGUUGCUUAUUAUAGCGCUGGAGCUUAUGUUAGUGAAACUAUCCUCUGGUUUAUUUAUUGUCCAAUCAGACUUUUAGACCAGUUAUUGUGCCUGGAACUUCUUAACACUAGUAAAUAGUAAUGGGAUCAUCAAGCCUUAUUCUGUCAAA